CUCGUCUACUAUAAUAAGUCCAAAGUGCAUACUAGAUUAUUUUGUAAUAUCUAGUGAUUGUGAUAGUUAUCCGUGCCAAAAUGUCUCUUGAGGAGAAGUUCAACGCAGCUGUAAACGUGAUCCGAAGCCUACCUAAAAGCGGGUCGUACCAGCCCAGCAAUGAGCUGAUGCUGCGGUUCUACAGCUACUUCAAGCAGGCCACCGAGGGACCCUGUGAUAAACCCAAACCUGGUUUCUGGGAUGUCGUUAACAGAGCAAAAUGGGAAUCGUGGAACAAACUGGGUAACAUGACUCGCGACGAAGCCAUGCAGGCGUACGUCGAUGAACUGCACAAGAUAGUAGAGACGAUGUCAUACAACUCGGACGUCGCGUCGUUCCUGUCAGUGGACGAUGACGACACGAUGUUUCCCAGUAAUGACUUGCAGCUGGUAGCAGGCGAUGUCCUGGCGAGAGUGCGCUCCGAACACAACACUCCUACAGGUUCCCGGUCUGUGAGCGGUGCGUCAUCUCCGGCGCGCGCGGCGUCGCCACGACCUCGCACGAGACAUGACUCCGACGAUGAAUUCUCUGACACCGUCGAUGUUAGUAUAGCGGAGGCGCUGCAGUCCCCGUCGGCGGCGCCGGCGCCGACCGCGCCGCCCGCCGCGCGUGCGCCGACCCUCAGCAACGGACACGCGCACCAGAUCACCUCACAACUCACACAUCUGAAGGUCCUAGAGCAGCUGCCGGGCACGCUGGCGCGGCUGGAGGCCGACGUGGCGGCGCUCAGGAAGGCCGUCGAGGGCGACCGCAGGAUACUCGAUCAAGUGUCGGGCGGCUGGCGGUGGCCGUGGCAGGAGCUGAGCCCCCCGACGCUGCUGCUGCUUCUGGUGUGGCCCUUCCUCGCCUACCGCCUCGCCGCGCGCGCCCAGCGCCGCGCCACCUAACACGUCGCAGGACACACCACAACAUUAGUACUAGUAAGUCAGUCGUCAGUCAGAUUUAUACAGUGGGUAUCAACAUGAUAUUCGACAAGUCGUAUAAAUGUUUAUAUGCAAGAUGUAGUGCUAAAACGCGCCCGGAAAUGGGCUUAAUAUAUAUUUUUUAUUUAGUUUUAUAACUACAUCCCUUUAAAUGGCAACACUGUAGGAUUUUUCUACACUGGCAACAAUUUUUUUAGUUUAAUUAAUCUGGCAACAUUCGUUAGUUUUAUAAUUGCGCUUUCCUAGCAACUAUUUUCUUUCAGACUUUAGUCAGAAUGAAAAGUUACCAUUUAUUUAAUGACUCUACAUUUGUGCAUUAGUCACUAGUUAUAUGCUGUUUAGUUUUUUUUCUUAUGAAAUCUUUAAGCUCUGGAAGUUAACGGUAAUAUAACCUAUAGUGUUGCUGUUUAAAUAAAAUAUUACACAAUAAUUGCAUUUUAAAG